AUGGUUCGUCUAGGAAAUUUGACCAAACUCCAAUGUUCUGGAGUACGAGCAUUGAUCACAGUUGAUGUUCAUGCGAGGGAUGUGAUAUCUACUAUGGUCGUCCAAAAAAUUAAUAGCGACGCGCACUUUGAAUGGUUGAAACAGCUUCGUUACUAUUGGGAUAACCUAGACGGUUGUGUCGCGUACUCUAUCAACACUCGUUGGUUGUACGCAUUUGAAUAUCUGGGUUCCUCUCCUCGAUUAGUGAUAACACCGUUAACUGACCGAUGCUACUUAUGCUUGAUGGGUGCGCUUCAAUUAAGUCUAGGAUGUGCACUGUCUGGACCUACAAGUACCGGAAAGACUGAAACUGCCAAGGACCUUGCCAAAGCAUUAGCUACACAAUGUAUCGUAUUCAAUUGUUCUAAUGGAUUAAAUUAUAAGACGAUAGGCAGAUUUUUUUCAGGCUUAGCACAAUCGGGAGUGUGGUGUUGUUUUGACGAAUUCGACCGAAUAGGGAUCGAAGUGCUAUCGGUCAUCGCGCAACAGCUAAUUACUAUCACGAACGCAAAACUGACUAAUGCUAAUAAGUUCACAUUUGAAGGUCGAGAGAUUAGAUUUAUCAGGACAUGUGCAGUAUUUAUAACAAUAAAUCCAGAAUAUGUGGGACGAAGUGAAUUACCGGAUAAUCUACAAGCACUGUUUAGACCUGUAUCAAUGAUGAUACCAGACUAUAGUUUAAUUGCCGAAGUUAUAUUGUAUUCUGAAGGGUUUCAGUCAUCAAAAAUACUGUCUCAUAAAAUAGUGAAAAUGUACCAAUUGUGUAACGAACAGCUUUCCAUUAAGAAACACUACGGUUUUGGAAUGAGAGCUAUAAAAAGCGUUUUGUUGACAGCAGGUUCGUUAAGACGUGAAAAUCCUAUUGUUGAAGAAAAUGUAAUUUUAAUCAAAGCGCUAAAAGAUAGUAAUAUACCAAAAUUGCUAAGAGAUGACGCCAUACUAUUUCAAGAAUUAUUAAAUGAUCUAUUUCCCGGAGUUCUCUUACCAGAAUACAACUAUGAAAUAUUCCUAUCGACUGUCACUAGCGUGAUGAAAAAUGAAGGCUAUCAAAUUAUAGAGUGCAUUUGUAUAAAAGUUAUACACUUAUUGCAGACAAUGAUUAUCCGACAUGGUAUCAUAACUGUUGGUCCAACUGGAAGUGGAAAGACUACAAUUUUAAAAAUACUUAGUAAAACAUUAACAGAACUUUACAAUAAGAAAAUAGAAAACCGACAUUAUAAACCAGUAAACAUAUACCGUCUGAAUCCUAAAGCGAUUUCUAUGAACGAACUUUAUGGCCAUCUAGACCUCUUAACAAUGAAAUGGAGGGAUGGAUUGCUUGGAAAAAUUAUUAGAAAAACAGUUCAAGUAGAAAAGGAAGAAUUUCAAUGGGUGGUAUGUGACGGCCCCGUAGAUGCAAUUUGGAUCGAAAAUCUUAAUUCCGCACUUGAUGAUAGCAAGAUUUUGUGUCUAGCCAAUUCUGAACGCAUAAAACUAAGUUCUUGGGUUAGAAUAUUUUUUGAAGUUUGUGACUUAUCACAAGCGUCGCCCGCCACAGUUAGUAGAUGUGGAGUUGUUUAUAUAGACACAUCGGAUGUAGGGUGGUUACCAUAUGUACAUUCGUGGAUAAAUAGAUUACAAAAUGACAUAAUUAAAAGUAGUACAAAGUUAAAAAAUUAUUUAGAAUUACUAUUUAAAACUUAUGUUAACGAAGGUUUUUCAUUUAUUAACAAAUAUUGCUUGGCUCCUAUCAAACAGGUUGAAAUCAGUAAAGCAACUAUGCUGUGUACUAUUCUAGAGUCUCUAUUAACUGAGCCAACUAGUUUUGAUGUAUCAACGGAAAUUUCCAAAGUCCAACAAUUUAUUAGUCAAUCAUUUAUAUUUUCUUAUUUGUGGUCUCUGGGAUCAAAUUUAAUCGAUUCUUCUCAAAUAAAAUUCGAAAAUUUUGUUUUCAAUCAAUUUACAGACAAAUCUAAGUAUGGUAUUCUACCUGAAAUGGAAUUAUUUGACGUAUACCUAAACACAGAAAAAAAUAAGUUUGAAAAUUGGAAUACCAUUGUCCAAGAUUUUGUGUACAAGAAAAAUAUUCCUUAUCAUGAGUUAAUAGUGCCUACAGUAGAUAGCAUCCGGUAUACAUAUAUUGUGCAAAGAAUAGUACAAAUGAAUCAACCAGUGAUGUUGACUGGAACAACAGGUGUAGGUAAGACUUCGGUAGCAAAUUUAAUAAUGCAAAACUUAAUAUCUACGGGUAAUUGGACGUCUGCAAUGGUCAAUUUUUCUGCGUAUACCAAUAGUAAAAGAACUCAAAUAGUAUUGGAAUCAAAAUUAGUGAAGAAAAAACGAAACUGUUUCAGUGCACCAGUAAAUAAACGUUUAGUGUUUUUCAUCGAUGACGUCAACAUGCCGAUACCCGAAGUUUACGGUGCUCAACCUCCUAUUGAACUACUACGACAACUUUUAGACUCUGGUGGCAUUUACGAUAGAGAUAAACUAGAUUGGAAUGAUAUAGAGAAUGUGAUUUUGUGCACCAUCUGCGCAGCUCCACGGGGAGGACGAAAUCUAUUAACUCCAAGAUUCACAAGACAUUUUUCAGUAAUUUUCAUGCCCACUACUAGUGAAAAUGCCAUGAAAACUAUAUUCACACCCAUUUUAAACGGGUUUCUCGAUGAUUUUCCUCCAAAUAUAGCUAAUUCUAGUCCUGAAAUAGUGCAAGCCAGCGUCGAAAUAUAUUUACGUAUUUCAGAAGAUUUGUUACCGAUUCCGGCCAAGUCACACUACCUAUUUAAUCUUAAAGAUUUGUCAAAGACCAUACAAGGAGUCUUGCAAGCCAAUUUCGACACAAUAACGGAUCGAAUAAAUUUAUACAGACUAUGGUAUCACGAAACAUUGCGUGUAUAUCACGAUCGUUUAAUUUGCCAAAAAGACAGAUCGUAUUUCUUUGAUCUUCUUCAAAACGUGUGCGAACGUAUUUUUAACACUUCUGUGUUAGACAUUUUUAAAUAUACAGAUAAGGAUUCAUCACGUCCUCCAGUGUUGUUAUAUGGUGAUUUCAUGAACCCAGAUUCAAGAGAAAGCCGGAUUUACAAAGAAAUAAUAGAUAUUGAUAAAUUAAAAACCAUAUUGAUCAAAAACUUAACAGAUUUUAAUAUAGCUUAUAAUAAAGACAUAGAAAUUAUAUUUUUUAUGGAUGCUAUUGAACAUAUCACGCGUAUCGCGAGGAUAUUGAGAUCCGAAAGGGGAAACGCUUUAUUAAUCGGAGUUAAUGGAAUAGGAAAACAAUCGUUGACUAAAUUAUCUUCAUACCUUAACGCUUAUAAAUGUUUUCAAAUUGAAUUAACAAAAUCAUAUAAUCAUACUGAUUUUCGUGAAGACUUAGUAAAUCUUUAUCACAACACUGGAGUGAAAUUUGAAGAUACCACAUUUUUAUUUACAGACAAUCAGAUAGUUCAAGAAGAAUUUUUAGAAGAUAUAAAUAAUAUUUUAAGCUCAGGAGAAGUGCCAGACUUAUUUAAAAAUGAAGCUUUGGAGAAGGUGAUAACUGCUUGCCGGCCGGCAGCAGUAGAUUUGGAAAUUGAUGAUGCAAAUAAAGAAGUGAUAUUCAGAUUUUUUAUACAGCGCGUACGCUCUAAACUCCAUCUCGUGGUGUCCAUGAGCUCAAUCGGCGAUACACUUAGACGAAGAUGCCAGCUAUUUCCUUCAUUGGUUUAUAAUACAACAAUAGAUUGGUUUGACGAUUGGCCGACCGAAGCUCUUUUGUCUGUGGCCCAUAAAAACUUAGAAGUAGCUUUUAGACAAUCAGAUAACCUUAACCUAUUAGAUAAUUUAACGGACAUCUGUUACAACAUGCACUUGACAAUCAGUCGGGUGACUGAAAAGUUUCGCAAGCAAACGGCGAGGCACUGCUACGUAACGCUCAAAAGUUAUAUGGAAUUUCUGAAGUUAUACGUGAAAAUGCAUGGAUCCCAAACUGAAAAAAUUAAAAAUAAUUCUGACCGAAUUUCAUAUGGUUUGCGCAAGUUGUACGAGACAUUCGAUAUGGUGGGAGAUAUGAAAACAAAAUUAAAAUCAAUGUCACCGGCACUGAUGGAAAAAAAUGAAGCUACUUCAAAACUGAUGGAAGGCCUAACAAAAGAAAAAGCAAGCGUAGAUAAGGUCCGUAAAAUAGUACUAGUUGAAGAAACAGCGGCGAAAAUGAAAGCUUCAGUUGCACAGGAAAUAGCCGAAGACGCGCAAAAGGACCUUACUUUGGCCAUGCCAGCGAUGGAAACAGCCAAAUCGGCUUUAGAAUCACUUAACAAAAAUGAUAUAAACGAGCUUCGGAUGUUGAGCAAGCCACAUAAGCUCGUUCAAAAUGUCAUGGAAGCAGUGUGUUUAUUAUUUGGAAAAAAAACCGAUUGGACUUCAGCUAAAACUUUACUAGGAGAUACAAAUUUUCUAAAAGCUCUACAAGAAUAUGAUACAGACAACAUAUCCGACAAAAUGAUCAAUCAACUUAAGCCUUAUAUCGAAGAUCCGGAUUUCAAUCCACAAAAAGUAGCAACUCAAUCAAAAGUGGCCAAAUCGAUGUGCAUGUGGGUUCGAGCUGUUCACAGUUACUCUCUAGUAUAUCGAAUAGUAGAACCCAAAAGAAAGAAACAACAAGAAGCCGAAGAUGAACUCAAUGUUGUGUUAAAAGAGCUGAGAACAAAACAAAAAAUGUUAGCUGAUGCAGAAGAACGCCUACAAAAACUCGAAGGCAUUUAUGAUAUGAGCGUUUCAGAAAAAAACAAAUUGGAGUUAAACAUAGAAAGAACACAAUCGCGUUUAAGCCAAUCAGACUUACUAGUUGCAGCUCUAAGUGAUGAACAACAGAGAUGGGAAAACAAUUUAAAAACAUACUCUCGACGUCUUUUGACUAUAACUGGAGACAUAAUAAUAGCAGCCGGAAGUAUCACCUAUCUGGGACCAUUUACGGAUGAAUAUCGUAAAGAGAUAACCCUUUCUUGGUUAAAGGAGUUAACACAACAUAGUGUACGACAUUCGCCAAAUUAUUCUCUGAGCUAUGUAUUGCUCGAUCCUUCUGAGUUGCGAUCAUGGAAUGUCUACGGACUACCCCAGGAUUCGGUGUCGACGGAUAACAUGAUAAUUGCGACGAGAGCAAGUCGUUGGCCGUUGAUGAUAGACCCUCAAGAACAAGGAAACAAAUGGAUCAAGGAUUUAGAAGCAGACAAUUCUCUGAGAAUAUGCAGAGGUACGGAUUCCUCUGAAAACUUAAUGAACGUGAUUAUCGACGCAGUCAGACUGGGAUACACUGUGUUGAUCGAAGGCAUUGAUGAGCACAUAAUCCCAGCACUCAGGCCCGUGCUAGAGAACGUCACGUUUUUACGAGAUGAACGUUUUUUUAUGCAAAUCGGUAAUAUUGACGUAGAAUACGACAAUAAAUUUAGAUUCUAUAUGACGACCAAAAUGUCAAAUCCUCAUUACCUACCAGAUGUAUGGAUACAAGUAACGAUAAUAAAUUUUAUAGUAACAGAAAAGAGCUUAGAAGAUCAGUUAUUAGUUCACGUCGUGCAAUUAGAAAGGCCAGAUUUGGAAAAUAUUAGGACCGAAAUAAAUUUGAGUAUAAAGAAUGACAAUAAUUUAUUAAAAGAAAUGGAAGAAAAAACGUUAAAAAUGCUAUAUAUGUCUGAAGGAAAUAUUUUAGAUGAUGAAGAACUCAUCGAUGCACUCAACAAUAAUAAAGAAUCAUCAAUUAUUGUUUCUGGACGUUUGAUCGAUGCAGAAGAAACGGAAAAAAACAUCAAUAUCGCACGAGAACGUUAUCGAGCGAUAGCAAAACGAGGUUCAUGCCUUUAUUUUGUUGUGGCUCAGCUGUCUGAAAUUAAUAUUAUGUAUCAGUUUUCUUUGAACUAUUUUAAAUCUAUAUUUUGCAAUGUGAUAAAAAAGAGUAACAAAUCGAUUAAAAUCGACGUAAAAAUACCAAUCCUAGUCGAAGAUAUUACCAUGGCUGUAUAUAUGAAUAUUUCUAGAAGCCUUUUUGAACAUCAUAAAUUAAUAUUUAGUUUCUUACUAAGCAUCAACAUACAUUUACAAAUAGGCAAAAUAACUAAUUUAGAAUGGAAUUUUUUGCUUUACGGGCCUACAAAUAUGAUGAAAAUAGACAUUCCAGAGAAACCAGUAGUAUUAUCAUUGUCGGAAAACGCGUGGAAAACGGUAAAUUAUAUGUCUGAAGUGUUUCCUAAGUUUAAAAGUCUUCCAGAAAACUGUACCAAACGUAUACAAAUCAAACUUGGUAACUUCGUUCAAGAUAUUCAUUUAGAUCCUAAAAAUAAUGACACCCUGAUAAAUUGGGAUUCAAUUUUGAACCCAUUUGAAAAACUUAUGAUUAUUAGAGCUCUUAAAGAGGAAAAAUUGAUUUGUGCAAUCUCUAAUUAUGUUAGUACUGAACUCGGAAAAAUGUUUAUUGAAAGUUCGGAAAUUUCACAUCGUUUACUGUACACCAACACGUCAUCUACGGUACCUUUAAUUUAUAUAAUCAGUCCAGGUUCGGAUCCAUUUGAGUCAUUUCAAAAGUUUUCAGUAGAAUUUGGAAAAAUAGACAAGCUAUAUGCAUUGUCUCUUGGUCAAGGCCAGGAACUUGUUGCAGAAAAAUUAAUAAAAAGUGGCAAAGAAAAAGGCGAUUGGAUUUUUUUACAAAAUUGUCAUUUAGCGCCAUCGUGGAUGCUUCAAAUGGAAAAUCUAAUUCGAGAACUGAUCGACAAUCCGUCGAAUAUCAAUCAAAAUUUUCGACUGUUUUUAAGUUCAAUGCCAUCAAAAAGUUUUCCUACUUUUGUCUUACAAAAUUCUUUGAAAGUUACCCACGAAUCUCCAAAAGGCUUGCGAGCAAAAAUGAAAAAAAUGUUUGCCGGUAUGAAUGUCGAUUUCUUCGAAGAUAACGCUUUUCGAUCUGAUUGGCGAAAAAUGGUAUUUGGGUUAUGUUUUUUCCACGCCAUCAUAUUAGAAAGAAAAAAAUUCGGAUCACUUGGAUGGAACGUACCGUACAUGUUUACUGACAGUGACCACGAAUCCGCUAUGCAUUUAUUACAAACAUACUGCUUAACCGCAAAUGAAAUACCCUGGGAUGCCUUGCAAUAUACCAUGGUCGAGAUAAAUUAUGGUGGCAGAGUUAACAAUUAUUGGGAUCAAAGAACUAUGAAAACAAUACUUUUAAAUUUCUUUGAUCCUCGUGCGCUCCAGUCAAAUUAUAAAUACUCUGAGUCUGGUAUUUACUUUUGUCCAGAAACAGAAAACUGUUCCACCAUCAAUAAAUAUCAGGGAUUUAUAAAUAAACUACCAACAACUGAAGAACUAGACAUAUUUGGAAUGCACAUAAAUGCAAACAUAGUAUAUCAAACUAGAGAAACACAAGAGAUAUUACAGACAAUCGUUGGUGUCUACUCAAAAUCACUAACAGGUGUUGCUAGUAAACCAGAUGAUGAAAUCGUUAUAGACAAGGCCAUUGACAUUUCCAAAAGACUCAUUAACUCUAUAGACUUUCAACAAGCCCAUUUAACCAUAUUGAAAUCUGACGAAAAAGGACAAUUGUCUCCAUUAUCUAGAGUCUUAUCGCAAGAGAUCGAACAUUUUAAUACAUUACUCGACGUUGUGCACAAAUCUUUAACCGACUUACGUGAGGCCAUCGAAGGACAACAAAUUAUGUCUAUAGAAUUAGAAGAAAUUUACUGGUCAUUUGUGAAAAAUACUGUACCGACAAUAUGGCAGAACAAAGCGUAUCCCUCGUUGAAGACUUUGGGUAGUUGGAUCAAAGACUUGAUACUAAGACUAGAUUUCAUUAAUAUCUGGACAAUGUUUGGAAGUCCUCCUUCUUACUGGAUAUCCGGCUUGUAUUUCCCACAAAGUUUUAUUACCGGAUGUCUGCAAAGACAUGCUCGAAAAUAUAGCAUACCCGUCUAUAAUUUGAAAUUCGAUUUUGAGCUUACCAGCAUUGUUCUGGUACAAGAGGAAAUUGCCACCAUACAUGCAGCCAGCUUGAAAGAAGAAACACACGUUUACAAAGGCUUGACAGAACAAGAAAAUGGUGUUUACGUCCACGGACUCUUUCUAGAUGCCGGACGUAUUGACUUGGACAACAAACGUCUUGUGGAUGCCAUUCCAGGUGAAUUGCAUUCUCCAUUACCGGUUAUACUACUAAUGCCUUCCAUAGACAUAGAUAAAAAUAGUUUGCGAUAUAAUUGUCCCGUGUAUAAUACUACCGAUCGAACAGGUGUUUCUUUGAUUACUGGGCAAGGGAAAAAUUUUAUAGUUGGUAUAUUAUUACCGACAGACUUUCCGGAAAGCUAUUGGACCCUUAAAGGAACCGCUCUAAUAGCACAAAUAACAAAUUAAUUCUCAAACUGUUUAAUAUUAUAUUACAUUCGAUGUUCGUGAACAAUAAACAGUAAAUGGAGCAUAUUGUUUUGUAUUCACAUUAAUCCGUGAAAACGAUAUUAAAAUCAUUUAUUAGUUGCAAGGUAGUAACGCUUAAGUAUAAGUAAUAGAACAUUG